AUGGCCCGGAGUAAGGUACCUCCGCUCUUGCAUGGAUUUCUCCUGCUGUUUCUGUGUAGACCCUCCCUUCAAGGAGGUGUCUACAUACCAGCUGGUGCAGGGGGAGGAGCUGGAGCUGGAUUAGGAGCUGGUGUUGGAACUGGAGCUGGAACCAAUAUAGGAACUGGUCCAGGAGGUGGAUUUGGUUCUGUUGGGCCAGGAGUUGGUCCUGGAGGAGUUGGAACAGGAUUAGGUCCAGGCGCUGGUCCUGGUGGAUUUGGAACAGGGCCAGGAAUUGGCAUCAGACCUGGAACUGGUGCUGGACUGGGUAGUGGAGGUCUUGGGGGAGUUGGGCCUGGUGGUGGAGGACUUGGUACUGGUGGAUUAGGCACUGGAGGACUUGGAACAGGGCCAUUUGUCAAGCCACCUAAAACAGGAGGAUAUCUACCAGGAAUUGGACCAGGUGGUACAGGCGUUUUUCCUGGAGCUGGAUCACUUGGACCUGGAGGAGUUGGUCCUGGUGGCAUAAUUCCUGGCGGCGUUGGUCCAGGAGGUAUUGGACCUGGUGGCAUUCGUCCAGGAGGUAUUGGACCUGGUGGCGUUGGUCCAGGAGGUAUUGGACCUGUUGGCGUUGGUCCGGGAGGUAUUGGACCUGGUGGCGUUGGUCCAGGAGGUAUUGGACCUGGUGGCAUUGGUCCAGGAGGGUUUGGAACAGUGGGAACUAGACCUGGAGGGACUGGCCCUGGUGCUGGUGUUGGAACUGGAAGCCUUGGAGCAGGUGUUGGUGGCAAACCCCCUAAACCUGGUUAUGGCACUCUUGGAGUUGGAGGUCUUGGUGGUGCUGGUGGUCUUGGAGGACUUGGACUGAGGCCAGGGGGUGCUGGAGGUUUAGUACCUGGUGGUUUUGGUGUUGGUCCAGGAGCUGGUGGUUUUGGCACAGGACUACCUGGACAAGGUAGAAAAACUCCAUUGUACUCCAAAAAGUUAAACUUUAAGGUAGACAAUCUUUUAUGAUGAUGUUUCUAAAAAAAAAAAAUUUUUUUUUUCAGGAGUUGG